GUGAGGCGGUGACGCGGUGCCGCGCGAGCAGCUCAGCCAGUCUCUCCGGUGGAGGAGCCGCGAACCCGCGAAGUUCACCCGCACGGCACGCGGGAUCCGCAGCUCCUCAUUCAUCCGGCUGGAGUGCGCGCGGCAGCGCGUGUCACACACAGGCACCCACCCGUUGACUCUCUCUCUCUCUCUCUCACACACACACAAACACACACACCUUGACAGUCGGAGCAGCGGCGGACAGAGCGCGAGCGGGGAAGGAGCACCGCGAUCCAAGGCGCCCGUUUUUGCAAGAUUCCCGUUUCUGCAGCCGCGGCCCUGCCGCACAGCGAGUGGAAUGAGCUUAUGCGGCAGGAAAGCCUUGACGUUGCUGAGCAGCGUGUUCGCCGUGUGCGGCCUGGGGCUCUUGGGCAUCGCCGUCAGCACGGACUACUGGCUCUACCUGGAGGAGGGCAUCAUCCUGCCCCUGAACCAGAGCACCGAGAUCAAGAUGUCCCUGCACUCGGGUCUCUGGAGGGUCUGCUUCCAGGCCGGUGAGGAGACGGGUCGCUGCUUUACCAUCGAGUACGUCAUGCCCAUGAAUGUGCAGAUGACCUCAGAGUCCACGGUCAGCGUGCUGAAGAUGAUCCGCUCGGCCACGCCCUUCCCUCUGGUCAGCCUCUUCUUCAUGUUCAUCGGUUUUGUGCUCAGCAACAUCGGGCACAUCCGCCCGCACCGCACCAUCCUCGCCUUCGUGUCCGGCAUCUUCUUCAUCCUCUCCGGCCUGUCGCUCGUCGUGGGCCUCGUGCUCUACAUUUCCAGCAUCAACGACGAAAUGCUGAACAGGACGAAGAACAACGAGGCCUACUUCAGCUACAAGUACGGCUGGUCCUUCGCCUUCGCCGCCAUCUCCUUCCUGCUGACGGAGACCGCCGGCGUGAUGUCCGUCUACCUGUUCAUGAAGCGCUACACGGCAGAGGAGAUGUACCGGCCGCACCCUGGCUUCUACCGUCCGCGUCUCAGCAACUGCUCCGACUACUCGGGCCAGUUCCUGCACCCGGACGCCUGGGUGCGUGGCCGCAGCCCCUCCGACAUCUCCAGCGAGGCUUCGCUGCAGAUGAACUCCAACUACCCGGCCCUGCUCAAAUGUCCCGACUACGACCAGAUGUCCUCCUCCCCGUGCUGAGGCCCGACGGCGUCCCCCUCGGCUGCGACGAGUACGACGGCGGGUCCGCGGCACAUCAUUAGCUCAGAAACCCGGAAGCCCCUUCUCGAUGCAACUCCACUCCUGCGUUCGCGAGCCGCGCCGAGACGUGGCCCCGAGUAAAUUAGCAGUUCCGAUAGAGCCUCGUCAAGUCUCGGCACAUCUCGGUUGACGACGGCUUCCAUUUCCACAAGGAGUUCUUUCUUUUUUUAAAUCUACAGAUGGUGUCUCGUUUUCAUGUUGAAAAAUGCGUAGUGGCGUCAGAUGAAAAGUAAGCAGAUGCGAAAGGGUUGCCGCGGGCCUGGCUGCGUUUCCUUCUCAUUUCAUGCUCGGUGUUCUCCUUCCAGGCUGAAGCAAGAGCAGCCAGUUCUGGGUCAAUGUCACACUGACCCAAACGCUGUUCAGCGAAGUGUCCCAACAUUGGGCUGCUUUCAUGUUCCAGUACUUUCAAAGAAGGACAUUUUCACGUUUUAAUUUAAAAGUCCAUAAGGAAGUAGGCGAGGCGGCGUCCGAACUAAAGUCAUCGCGUGUGCAAUCGGUGUCCUGCGGUGUGUCCGACCCAGCGGGGGUCCGGUGCUGACGCCGGCGUCGGAGGGUCCGUCCGCCGGAGCCGGAGCCGGAGACGUCCUGCGUUCAGACACACCGCACUGCCUCUCGGUCUCCCUGUGCCUGCUCACAUCGAUUGCAUCUCCAUAUGCCUCAUUUUUAAAUUCAAUUAAGGCAUGAAAUCACGUUUGCAUAAAAAUGACAAGGUCUGCCCAGUAGCUGCAAAUUGUAUUUGGUUGCAGAGUUUGGAGUUUUAUUCUGUGUGACAUUUGGAAAUUUAUAUGUGCACAUGAAAUGUGUUGUACGGGAGAUAGAAAAAUUCAGCUUCCUUAUCAAUGGCAAAUAUUUAAAAGGAGAUUAAGAUGCACUUGAAUGUGUUUGCCGCACGUUAGUCUGCAGUUACAGGAGUUGAACACGUUUCUAGUUUGAUCCCUUCCUUAUAUAAUGUUGACGAGAUAAAUUAAUUGUUAUAGGAUUACACUUUUUCAUGUUGACAUUAUAGAACAUUUACAGUAUACCACUGGAAACACA